AUGACUAUGGGGGACUGGAAUCUGCUGGGCAGCAUCCUUGAAGAAGUGCACAUUCAUUCCACCAUCGUAGGCAAAAUCUGGCUCACCAUCCUGUUCAUAUUCCGAAUGCUGGUUCUGGGCGUCGCUGCGGAAGAUGUCUGGGAUGAUGAGCAAGCAGAGUUCAUUUGCAACACAGAGCAGCCCGGCUGCAGCAAUAUCUGUUACGACAAAGCUUUCCCCAUCUCCCUGAUCCGAUAUUGGGUGCUACAGGUCAUUUUUGUCUCAUCCCCUUCCCUUGUUUACAUGGGUCAUGCACUUUAUAGACUUCGGGCCCUGGAAAAAGAGAGGCAACGGAAGAAAGCCCGCCUCAAAGCUCAGCUGGAGGAGAUUGAGCCUAUCUUGGAAGACCACCGGAGGAUCGAGAGGGAGCUGAGGAAGCUCGAAGAACAAAAGAAGGUGAACAAGGCGCCAUUGCAAGGUGCCUUGCUGUGCACCUAUAUCCUGCAUAUCCUGACCCGUUCUGUCUUAGAGGUGGGCUUUAUGGUCGGUCAGUAUCUUUUAUAUGGCUUCCAAAUGUAUCCGCUUUAUAAAUGCACUCGUCCGCCCUGCCCCAACACGGUGGAUUGUUUUGUAUCGAGACCAACAGAAAAGACCAUCUUCAUGGUUUUCAUGCAUAGCAUUGCAGCUGUUUCUCUCUUUCUGAACAUCCUGGAGAUUGCCCAUGUGGGGAUCAAGAAGAUUAAGAAGACCCUUUGUAGGAAGCACAGGGAGGACUUCAUAUCUCCUGACGAGGAUGCGGACCUUUCCAGCUCCAAGAAAAAUUCAAUGAUACAGCAGGUUUGUAUCAUGUCAAACUCGUCUCCCCAAGGCAGUUUUAAGUUUAUGUCAGAGCAGCCAGGUGGCCUGCCAGUUUACUUGACUCCUGGGGAAGGAUACACCGCUGCCGAACAAACCCAAAAUGUGGAACAGCAGUGGAGUAGCAACCAGAGAGGCAGGCCCAAUCAGCACCAGGACCAUAGCCACCAUCUCUAUAGACAUGUAGAACAUCUGAAUGACAGUGACCAGCAUCACAACAGACAUCUCCCUACUAGGCAUCUCUCAAACCUCACAGUUCAGCGGCAUGACUAUCAACACCAGAAUGCAUCUUCCAGUAGUGAGGACACCCAGAAACCAACCCAGCAGAGCACUAACACCUAUCGAAAGAAUGAACAGUAUGCUCUGGAACAUGCUAAGAACCCUCAACAUGCUACCAAAGCAACCCCCAUCUCCAGUCAUAUGGAGAGCCCUCAAGCUGUUCUUAGGAAGCCUAGCCGAACGAGUGGCUGCAAGGACUUGGGAGAUGAUCAUUGCGAUUCUCCAGACAGUGGGCAUUAUCAGAGCCGUAGGUCAAGCUUUUUGCCCAGGGCACUGUCACAGAGCCGACUGGAAACUGACUCAGAGACCUCAGACUCACGGAACGGUUCUGGCUCAGAGGCUAAACGCAGAAAUGACAGCAGCAGCUCUCCUACCACACCGCCACUUCCUUCCACAACAGGACGCAGAAUGUCAAUGGCAAGUAGACCCAAGCGGCCUUCCUUCUAUACCCUGCUAGUGUGA